UAAUUGGAGGGGAAGGAGGUGGUGUUCCGACAGGAAAACAGAAAAGCGACGAGGUUUGGGUGUUCUCCGGCAGUGGGAGCCAAAGCGAGAAGUGGAGAGAGAGAGUGAGUAUGAGGAGGAACACAGAAGAUGAAGCAUUGAAGGAAUUGGAGAUAGAGAACGGUCUCACCCUGGUGCCACGCGUCAAGCUAAACCUCACAGUGUACCCUUCCACACCCCUUACUCUCACUCACCCAAUCGAUGACUGGAAGAUGAAACGUGCCCUCAUCGACUUCCUCUCAACCUCUCACUCCCUUUCACUCCCCGAAGACCAUCUCCAACUCACGCGCCGAAGGGACACCAAGAAACGCAAGCGCCAGGACCCCGUCGCCUCUGGAACCCUCCACGUUUGGGAUCUCUCCUUCCUCCAAACAGAGGACCACCUUCGCGCGUGGAGGACGCGCCUCGCCGAAAGCAUUGACGGGAUCGAACUCAACCUCCAAGGGGUUAAGUUCAAACUCGCCGUUACCGUUCCCGUUUCCGACGAUUUCGAAGCCAUCAAGAAAGACUGGGAACAUUUUUACGCGUUUCAGAAUCGUGGUUUGAGUAGAGUGAAGCGCGAACCCGACACCAUUGUUCUGAGGGGCCUGCCCUCGCGGUGGUUCGCGGAGCCUAGGGUUUCUUCUAAGCCUUCCAUGCUCGUCACUCAUACCAUCUUUUCCACAUUUGGCAAAAUAAGGAAUCUUAAUGUUGCUGAGGAUGAUGAUCUAGGUAAGGAUGCAGAUGAAGACGGUGGAGACCUAGUUUCAGGCCUUUACUGCAAGAUUGUGGUUCAGUUUGAAAAAUAUAGAGACUUCCAUGAUGCAUUGAGAGUGCUGUGUGGUCGCUCAUUGCAAAAGCAAGGAUCACGAUUGAAGGCUGAUUAUGAUGUUAGUUGGGACAAAGAUGGGUUUUUUCGGAAUUCAAGGAAUCAAGCGCAAGAGAAGAACGACACAGUAUCCACAAUAGCAGCAGAUCAUUACAGAAGUGAAGCUCCCAGACAUCAGGCCCACAUCUCUCGCCACAGUCCAGAAAAUGUCCGCCGGAGGAGAUUCAAGGAAUAAGGACUGGAAAUCUCUUUUAAUUAUUGGGUACAAAUUUGAACGCAUUUUAAUUUUAGACUGACCUCCAGAUUAGACUCGUAGAAUGUUCUGUUAUGUGGACUGCAUUCAAUUUCUUAGGGUCAUUGACUUGAUCCUUUUAGGGUCUACUCAAGCAUAUCACGUGGGAUAAUGGGAAUAUCUUCAGAGAUCAUCGGUAUUAACUCCUUAAAAUCACUGCUCCAAACUAUGAUUAGUUAUUAAAUCAAAGCUGUAUCGAAUUCUUUUUCUAAACAGUUCCUUUCUUUUCCUGUGAUGCGGUGCGGUCAAUUAUCAUUAACAGCAGACAGCACGCACUUAUUUUAGUUAGCUCUUCCAAAAAGGAAAUCUUUAUUUUGUUGGGCCGAAAUCUGUGAGGUUGGCUGAAUUAAGUUAAUAUCAUUUGUGGGUGUCCUGUAAAAUGAUAGUGAGAAGAAUGGUGCUUUUCAUGUUGUAUCAAUGUAUCUCUUUGAACUCACUGCAAAAUAUUGCAUAUCUUGCUAAAUCAUGACAGCUUUUUCUAUAGCUAUUAAUAGCAUUGGGUCCAUG